GAAACUCUCGACAAGUCUUAAAUUGACAUCCUGUGGUCUACGUACGGUUCAUUUUGAUCUCUCAAAUUUCUACGACUUUGUUUUUUUCUUCUUCUUCAACAAAGUAUAUAACAAGCCUGCUAGAAUGGUCUGGGUUACCGUCGAUGAUAAGAUGGCUGGAAAGCAGAACGAUAAAGCACUCUAUGCUCAAAGUCAACUGGAUCAUUUGUGCGCUCUUGACAUAGACAGUCAUGCGUCUUCCGUUCGACUAUCUGGUAUUAUCUGCACAAUUGGACCUGCCUCAAGGUCUGUUGAAACUUUGGAGAAGAUGAUUGAGACUGGCAUGAAUAUCGCUAGAAUGAACUUUUCUCAUGGAUCUCACGAGUAUCAUGCUGAGACCAUUAAAAAUGUCAGAGAAGCACAGAAAAAUUUGUCAGCACGCGUUGGCAUCAAUGUACCUGUGGCCAUUGCCCUUGACACCAAGGGACCAGAAAUUCGUACCGGACUUCUGGAAGGUGGUGGUUCUGCUGAAGUGGAAUUAAAGAAAGGACAAACUUUUAAAUUGUCUACCGACAAAGUUUAUAUGGAGAAAGGUAAUGCUGAUACAGUUUUCGUCGAUUAUGAGAAUAUUUCGAAAGUAUUGAAGGUCGGUAAUCGUGUAUUCGUUGACGAUGGUUUGAUAUCUCUUAUCGUUUCUGCUGUCGGUCCAAACGCAAUAACUACAACUGUUGAGAAUGGUGGUAUGUUAGGUUCUCGAAAGGGUGUUAAUCUACCAGGUGUCCCAGUAGAUUUGCCAGCAGUUUCUGAAAAAGAUAAAUCAGAUCUUGUGUUCGGUGUUGAGCAAGAAGUAGAUAUGAUAUUUGCGUCAUUCAUCCGAAAUGCUGCUGCCCUUACCGAAAUCCGUGGGAUCUUGGGUGAAAAGGGUAAAAAUAUCAAAAUCAUUUCUAAGAUAGAGAAUCAUCAAGGUAUGACAAACCUUGACGAGAUUAUCGAAGCAUCGGACGGUAUCAUGGUUGCUCGUGGUGAUCUUGGUAUUGAAAUUCCACCGGAAAAAGUGUUCCUAGCGCAAAAGUGUAUGAUCAGCCGAUGUAACAAGGUUGGUAAACCUGUGAUCUGUGCAACUCAGAUGUUGGAAUCUAUGGUAAAGAAGCCACGUGCUACCAGAGCUGAAACUACAGAUGUAGCUAAUGCCAUUCUUGAUGGAGCGGAUUGCGUUAUGCUGUCAGGUGAAACUGCUAAAGGAGAUUAUCCUUUGGAAUGUGUACGCACAAUGGCCAAUAUUUGCAAAGAGGCUGAAGGAAUUUUCUGGCAAACUCAGAUCUUCCGUGAUCUAUCGAGCAAAGUAUUGCCACCGAUUGAUGCUACUCAUGCAGUUGCUGUGGCUGCUGUUGAAGCAUCUAUCAAAUGCUUGGCCAGUGCUAUUAUUGUAAUUACUACUUCUGGUCGCUCAGCACAUCUUAUUGCCAAAUACAGACCACGGUGUCCGAUUAUUGCAGUAACUAGAUUCCACCAAGUAGCCAGACAAGCACAUCUUUAUCGUGGCAUUUUGCCUCUUUAUUACGAAGAUGCACCACUCGGCGAUUGGUUAAAAGAUGUCGAUGUACGAGUACAACAUGGAUUGAAAUUUGGCAAAAGUCGUGGUUUCAUACAAACUGGAAAUUCAGUUGUUGUUAUCACUGGUUGGCGACAGGGCUCUGGCUUUACAAAUACUCUUCGUAUAGUAAACGUGGACUGAGCUGAAACUUCCGUAAUGGGUCUCGUUCAUGAUUAAUUACUUUGCACAACAAUUACUAUUGCGCAAAAUGAUCGAUCAUAAAUGAGUCUUGUAAGCCUUCAAACAUAGCACUCAUUUACAAUAAACAAUAAUAAUAAUAAUAAUAAUAAUAAUAAUAAUAAUAAUAAUAAAAGGAUUAAAUAUUUGAACACAAACUUCAUAUCGAAGGGAGGACAUUCUACUUGUUAACAAUUGAUAGUGUGCGAUUUUAUGCAUAAUAUCGCCUCUAAUAAAUAAAUCGUAGUAAAAUCGUUGUAGAACAACGAUACUAUUUUAUUAGUACAUAGACCCAGUAUUAUUGUAAUGCUGUUGAAGUAUCCACAUCUGUCGUAUAAAGAGAUAUAAAUAUAAAUA